AUGCAAAUUUUGUUGUUUGCUUGCACUGCGGCAAUGCUAUUUGCACAAGGCUCAGGUUUACUAAUGGUACAACCAUCAAAACUUGGCCAAACCUUACAAUUAGAACUUGGUGCUGAAGUAAUGAAUGUUCAAGCCGCAAUUCCGGAAGCUGGUGAACGUCAAAAAGAUCGCAUGGAUAUUGUAAAGAACGGAGCGAUCACUAACUAUGGUCGUGAAAGAUACGGUGAUCGAUUAUCAUUCAGAAAUGGUACAUUAACAAUUGACGAUAUAACUGAAACGGAUGCGGUCUCAUAUUUCUACCAUCUGCACAAUGACCCAAAGAAGCCAGCGGCAAUUGAUGUUAUAAUCCAAUAA